UAGGACAACUUCGUCGUCUCGAAGGACCAAUGUUAAAAUGUUACUGCCGCCUGGCUUCUAGACUCGUACAAAUUCGUAUCUCAGAUGCGCUUGCAGUAACAAUAAUCAUACACUACACUGCAACGUCAGCCACCAUGAAAGUAUUCAUUAUUACACUUUUGGCUACGAUAGCCGCCGUCCAGGCAUCACCUUUAAACGCCAGCUGCACAGUUACUUCUUACUCAGGAGUAGCUGCAGCUCUAAAAAGCUGCACUACCUUGGUACUGAAAGACAUCACCGUACCAGCUUCGACCACUUUAGAACUAACUUUGAAAAAUGGAGCUUCUUUGACGUUUGCGGGUACCAUCAGAUGGGCUUAUGCUCAAUGGGCGGGACCUCUGAUUGAAAUCAAAGGCAACAAGGUUACGGUUAAUGGUGCUGGAGCCACUUUGGACGGACAGGGUGCAAAAUGGUGGGAUGGAAAGGGCGACAAAGGAGUCAAGAAACCCAAAUUCCUCAGAAUCAAGACUACCGGAGGAUCGACCAUCAAAAACAUAAAACUAUUGAACUGUCCUAAGCAAUGUGUCUCUAUUAAUUCUGCAAGUAACACCGUCUUGGAUCACUUUGUUGUUGAUGUUUCGGCCGGAGACGCCAACGGCAAGGGCCACAACACUGACGGUUUUGACGUAUCCAGCUCUACAGGCAUCACUGUCCAAAACAGUGUCGUUAAAAACCAAGACGAUUGCGUGGCCGUUAACCAAGGAUCCAAUUUUAUCUUUCGCAAUUUGACUUGCUCCGGUGGACACGGUUUGAGUUUGUCCGUCGGUCAAAGCUCAGCAAGCGGCUCUGCAAACACCGUUAAAAACGUAACGUUCUCUGACUGUACCGUACUGAACUCAGACAACGGUAUCCACGUGAAAACUCAUUCAGAUGCCGGUACCGGUUCUGUUUCCGAUGUUACUUACAAAAAUAUCAAUUUGUCUGGUAUUAGGAAAUACGGCAUCAAUGUGCAAGAAGAUUAUGAAAAGGGCCAUCCCACUGGAAAGCCAAAAGCCAACAUUCCAGUCAGCAAAUUGACGAUGAGCAAUGUUAAAGGCUCUAUGUCAGGAGGCAUGGGCGUUUAUAUACUCUGCGCAAGUGGUGGAUGUAGUAACUGGUCUUGGUCCGGUGUUGCCAUUAGCCAUGGCAAAAAGGGCAACAGCUGUAACUUCCACCCUUCAGGAUUUUCUUGUUAGUUAGUUAGUCAUUAUAUUAUUGUAAUUACGAAUAAAAUAUGUUUUACAAAAAUAUCAUAUUGCUUCAGUUCUAUGGAAUUCCUGGUAGGACAAUUUUUGGUACCAAAUUCCUACAAGCUAACGUAGGACUUUUUUCAGGCAACCAGC